GUGACUAGACAAACGGAGAUGCUUACGUGGCGAGCUCUUAUUUUCCUUUUCCUCUAUAAUUAUACAUGUGGAUUAUGAUUAAUUAAAAAAACUAACUAAAAAUAAAAUAAAAACCCAUUUGACUCGUCCUUCUCUGCCUAAUCUUCUUCUUCUCCGAACCACCCCCUGUUUUACUCCACCAACAACUUAACAAAGGCGACAUAGUAUCGCCGUGACCCUCGUACCCCAUCCUAUUCCUUCCUCCACAGUCCACACCAUCAAUCUACCCCUCCCCCGGUCCUGAUUUUCCUCCAUUCAUCGAGCUUAGCAUAUCCCCUCCUUCCUCGACAAAGAAUUAUAAGCAUUCGAUGGGUUGACCAACCGGCAACGAGCUUUGGCCUAGUCCUCCGAAGUUUCUUUUCUUCUGGCGAACGCAGAAUCCACCCGUAAAAUAUUCCUAAUAAUUUCACUUUAGAAUUGUUUUGUUUCUUUUGUAUAGCCAAAUACCUCUAAUAAUUUCACUUUAACGAGACCUGGAAAAAUAAAUGAGGAGGAAAAAUUGAAAUUUCUCCCUCAAUUUUUUCGAUGUCGGGUCGUGUGAAUCUCGGUUUAACCGUGGUUUACCAUUUUUUUAUGGAAAUUUUAACAAAAGGGUAUGUUUGAUAAUUUUUUCAAAGUUUAAGGGUAUGUUUGAUGUAAAAAAUAGUAGAAGGGCAUAUUUGAUAAAACUGUACAGUAGAAGGUCAUAUUAUACCUAUAACCCCAAUUAAAAUCGUGUAGCUUAGCUUCACAUGUAAUGAACAUUUUUAUUGGUGAUGAAGUGGACAAAAAUAACACAACGUAACCUUUGGUACGUAACUAUUAGUAUAGGAAGGUUACUAAAUAGAUUAAUGGCAGUGAGAUUAAGUUAUUUAAAAAAAAUACUCAAAACUACAAGUUUUUUAAACCUCUACUAAAGAAAUCUAUCACUUUAUUAAUCGAAUUGUUUAGUCAAAAUUCGACAAAAUGAAAUAUUAUAGCAAAAUCUCUCGAUCACAUGUAGGUGGCAAUUCUCAAUCCAAUCCACCAAUCCAUUAAAAAUAUUCACCUAAUCCAAUCCAUUAAAAUUUAAUUUUUACACGAAAAAUAUCAUUGGAAUUACGUUUUGGUACCUAAAAUUUUUCAUUAUGACAUUUUAGUACCUAAACUUUUCACAUUUUACAUAUUAGUACUUGGUUGAGAACGUCAUUUGGAUUCAUGGAUAAUCCACCAAUCCACUUGAUCCAUGAAUCCACCAAUACAUUGAAUCCAAUCCAUUUGAUCCAUGAAUCCAACCCAUUUGCCAACUCUUCCCAUCCCAUGAAAGGAACACAUAAUAUGUUUUGAACAUGAUGGCGAUUGGCGACGGAAGACCUGGACUUGUACAGGCCCAAUGAUAUCAAAUAAAAUUAUAUACUGGUAGCCCAAAUAUGAACCUAAACUGGGCCUUUCUAAUGGACAACUUGUAAAGCCUUUUUUCAGAAUGAGUCCACUCCACUGUUAAGCUAACCAUCUCUGUAACUGUAAAGAGCUUCCCACCAGACAGUUUCUGUUUCGUCGACAAUGGCUGCUGUUCUGCUUGAAACCUGGCUACUUUAAGGGUUUAGGGCCGCAGGGGAAAACCCUACGACGCUUCCCGAAUCCGGAAUAGCCGCGGAAAAGGAAAAAAAAUCCCCCCCAGGAUUGAGGUUGUUGAAACUCGCCCUGAUUGCUCCGGAAUGGAAGGAUUAAGCGUGGUCCAAGCCAAUUUGAAAGUCUACGUCGACCCUUCGCAGAGCAAGAAUCUCUCUUCAGCUAUCUUCCGCGAGCUCAGCCCCUUGCUCUUCAAGUACGAUGAUGCAUUCGACGGUGUUUUAUUAGCUUAUAAUGUUCAUGCUCCGGAGAACAAGGGGCGAAUUCUUCCCGGUGUUCAUCCGUUCAUUGCUGUGAGACUAGAAGCUAAAUUGCUAGUCUUUUCCCCUAAGGCAGACAUGCUCUUAGAAGGGAAGGUGGUGAAAGUGACUGAAGAGUCUAUUCAUGUCAUUGUUCUUGGAUUCUCGUCGGCUAUAAUAACAUAUGAAGCUAUCCGCAACGAGUUCAAAUACAAGACGAAACACGGCCAGGGCUUGUAUGUCAACAGAUCUAACAGGCGCCAUGUGAUUAAGGCUGGAACUAUGAUCCGUUUUGUUAUCAAGAGUAUGAAUGAAGAGACGCUUCACAUCUACGGAUCAUUGAUGCCUGCUAACACUGGAAGCGUCAAGAUAUUGGAGAAAUUUUCAGAGCAUACAGAAAGUGUUACAAUUAACAGCACUCCCAAGAAAAGGAGAAGCAAAGAGAAAUAUGAAGUCGCCCAGAUAACAGAGCACGGCAGCGUUGUCAAGGAUGCUCCUUCACAGAACAAUUAUGAUCGCGAAAAUAAGAAGUCGCGAAGAAGCUGACAACUCAUCUAAAGUGGAUUGAUGAAAUGUUGUAGUUUAGUUUUUGUUAUUGAUGUGGAUUUUGUAAUAUCUACCCUCAUAUUCUUAGGGUCUGAAACAGCAAUCCCAGUGAAUUAAUCAAAGUGCUCUUCCUAUCUUCUUUGUCCACGUUGAUUAGCAUCUUCUCUUAAACCUUCAGAAGAACAAGUAACCAGUUUCUUGUGUAUGUUUCUGUUGAUGCCACGUAACCCUCGAACCCGUUCCUCCGAACUUUCGCACGAUUGACUUCUCCACAGACGCCCAGAUCCUGCACAGACGGACGCCUAAGGGCUUUGAAAUGCCCGUUAGCACUCCGACGUUCAAGUCAGUCCUCAGUUUAGAGAGAGAAGUAAUUUGGGGAUCUUAGUGAGAGAAACCAACCUACGUAAAUGCUACCUACCGAGUACUAUUUAUAUUCGUCGAGGCCCCGACCAGGCUCCUAGAAUCCAGCUCCACGUCAGCGCGUCAUUAAACGCUUGGUACGGCCCACCGGUCGGGCGCCUCCACGUGGCAGCUUCUGGGCUCCUGGCUCCUGGCGCCUGCAGGGACCACCUGUCCAGGUGGCACGCUCUAAGCACGGUGGUCCCUUUUUGUCGCCAUGCGCCUGUGGGCCGUCGGCUGGCCCUUACUCCUUAUUUUCAUCCCCAUCUCCUAAAGCGGGCUUGGGCCUGAGCCUCUUGGACGGGCCCAUGUCCCCCAAUGGUCUGCCUAUGUAUAUACCCAACAAUUGUCCCCCAGUUAGGCGCUCAUGGUAUGCCAUGAGUGUCUAACUGUACGUAACUCCCCUGCCCAUAGUGUCUAACCGACUUCGCGGUGGUCUGGGCGCCCUCGAUAGUUCGACGAGAGCCUGGUUGCUUUAACCGUUUAGAUCAUUUCUAGGCGCUUUCCUGAGCGUUUUCGUGAACAACCCUUGUCCCCCCGUACUAUGGCUCCCUCGUCCUUUGUUUUUCAUCCGCGUUUGGACGUACCCAAGGAGGCGCCUAGGCCAUUAAGUUAGGCGCCCUAGUAGUGGAAUCCCCGGUGCGCCCGUACCCGUAUGCCCCCCUCUCCGUGCGUUUUGAAAUUUGAAUUUCAAAAUUCGUUUUUUUUUUGAAAUUCAAAAUUCAAACGAACGGUGAGGAUGAGAUGUGGGGGGUCGGGCGCGCAUCCCCGUAG